CGCGAGCACGGUCGUAGGAAACCAAAAUCCCGAGCAUCGCUCCAGUACGCCAUCUGAUUCCUCGCUCUGCUCCGGUCCCGGAGGCGCGACGGUUUUUGCCCUUUCUCGCCGAUCAACUGAGGUUUAUCUGCGGCGCCGUCUCCGUUACAGCAACACGUGAGCUGCAAAGUCCUGCCGAGCUUCGUCGGAAGGUUGACCGCAAAGCACGGGGAAUAAGCUUUAGCGAGGCUGAACAUGGGAGCACCUAAGAAGAGCGCCGCCGCGGCAGCAGCUGCUAGGGUUUCGGAUGACCCGGAGGAGCUCGCGCGGGUCCCGCUCCAAGCCGUCCUGUUGGCCGACAGCUUCACCACCAAGUUCCGCCCCAUCACCCUCGAACGCCCCAAGGUGCUUUUGCCUCUGGUAAAUGUGCCCAUGAUAGAGUACACUUUAGCGUGGCUUGAAUCUGCUGGAGUGGAGGAGGUCUUUGUGUUCUGCUGUGCUCACGCCAAGCAAGUGAUUAACUAUCUGGAGAGUUCCCAGUGGUUUUCUCAGCCGAAAUUUUCUGUCACAACAAUCGAGUCCCACAAUUCCGUUAGUGCAGGAGAUGCCCUUCGCUUCAUUUAUGAGCGUAAUGUGAUACAUGGAGAUUUUAUCCUUAUCAGUGGAGAUACAGUAAGCAACAUGUCACUGACUCGGGUGCUACAAGAGCAUAAGGAGAGGAGGAAGAAAGAUAGCAAUGCUGUAAUGACCAUGGUUAUUAAACGGUCAAAGCUUUCUCCAGUUACUCAACAAUCUCGACUGGGCACUGAUGAGUUGUUUAUGGCAAUAGAUCCCGAUACCAAGCAGCUGCUCUAUUAUGAGGAGAAUACAAAUCAUUUGAAAGCGACUCUAUCUCUUGAUAAGAUGCUGCUGAUUGACAACUCUUCCAUCAGACUUCAUAAUGACAUGCAGGACUGUUUCAUCGACAUCUGUUCCCCAGAAGUACUAAGUCUUUUCACUGAUAACUUUGACUAUCAACAUCUUCGUCGGCAUUUUGUGAAGGGAUUGCUCGUAGAUGAUAUUAUGGGUUACAAAAUAUACACCCACGAAAUUCACUCAAGUUAUGCGGCUAGAGUUGACAACUACCGGGCUUAUGAUACCAUUAGUAAAGACAUAAUUCAGAGAUGGACAUAUCCAUUGGUUCCAGAUGUGCUGCUUUUGGGAAAUUCCACAACUAAACUUGAGCGUGUGGGAAUGUAUCGAGCAUCUGAAAUAGUGCAGUCUCGAUCUGCACAAAUUGGUCCUCUCACUGUUAUUGGAACUGGCACCAGAAUUGGAGACAAUACAAAAAUUUCCAACUCUGUUAUUGGAAAAGGAUGUGAUAUCGGAUCAAAUGUCCUGAUCGAAGGUUGUCAUAUAUGGGAUAACGUUACAAUUGAAGAUGGUUGCCAGCUAAGGCAUUCAAUUGUAUGUGAUGGAGUGGUUAUGAAGUCAGGAGCUGUCCUGAGUCCUGGUGUUGUUUUGUCUUUCAAGGUUGUCAUUGGACAAAAUUUUACUGCCCCGGCAUAUUCAAAGGUAUCUUUACUUCCGCAGCCAAUUAAGCAAGACAGUGAUGAGGAACUGGAGUAUGCUGACAAUAAUAGCGAUGUAGAAACUUCAUGUGCUCCCGACAAUAUGAAUGGAGAAUUGACCUCAGAAUUGUCCGAAAUACAAGGCUCAGCUACAUCAGAGCUUGGCUGUGGAGGGGUUGGUUAUAUCUGGUCAAUUUGCGAAGGAGCUAGUGAAGAAGAAUGGAGACACUCAAUUGCCCCGAUUUCUGCGGAGAAACUGGCUGAACUUACUCAAACAACUGAUGAUGAUCUGGAGUUCUCCAAUCAAGAUGGCAAUGCUCCUGCGUCUUCGGGAGAGCUGAGAUCGGAUGCGCUUUCUGAUUCUGAAGAUGAUGAUGAAGAUACUAAAAAUGAUUCUGCUUACUUUGAGAAGGAGGUUGAGGCUACUUUCCUUAGGGCUGUCCACGAAAAUGUUCAAGUAGACCAUGUGAUCUUAGAAGUGAACUCUCUGAAGUUGUCAUGUAACAUGGAAUUUUCUGCCUGUGCUGGUGCAAUAUUUUACUCCAUGAUGAAAUUGGCAUUGGAGACUCCACAUAAAACUACUGAUGAAUUAUCUAGAGCUGUCCUGAACAUUUUUAACUCAUGGCAUAGGCUUUUGAAGUCAUACCUUUCAGGAAAAGAUGAGGAGAUUGAAGUGAUAUUGAAGUUCGAAGAAAUGUGUUCAGAAUCUGCCAAGGAGUUGUCUCCCUUGUUCACUCAGAUUCUACACCAUCUCUAUGAUAAAGAGCUUAUAUCAGAAGAUGCAAUUCUAGGUUGGGAGUUCGAGAAGCAAGGUGCAGAAGAGUCUGACAGGGUCUUUGUUAGGCAGGCUGAAAAUUUUCUUCAGUGGUUGAAAGAAGCAUCCGAAGAAGACUAGAAAGAAGAGGGAGCCAUUUCGAGAAAUUUUAUCCGGCUGAGACUGAUUCUCGAUUUGCUUGUGAAACUCAGAGUUGGUGUAGAAUCUAUGCAUACAAAACACAGUUGUCAGGGAGGUGUUGGGAUUUUGUUUGCCAUCUCUCCCCCGUGGUAGAGGAUGUGAUAUAGCUGACAGAAUGCAGCUGCUGAUAGUUUUGGGAAAUCUUUUGCUGUCUAUGCAAAAUAAGGCUUCACUAGGUGGUUCUUUUGGUACAUGUUUGGUACUGGGGAAUGGAAAGCCGGUAUAUUGGAAUCGCAGAUAUGGCCUUUGCGUUGCGUGCGGCGUACAGGUGGCUGUGUUGUUUUCUUAUUCUGCACUCUUAAGCUCUUUAAAAUGUAACCACUGGUGUGGUGUGAACCUGCAGAUCUAUCAUGUCUAAGGUCAUGCGCCUCAAUGCUUUUUGGGUUCGAGUCGAGGACAUGGGUUUAUAAGAGGCCACGGAAUUGCCGUGAUGCCAUGAAAACAUGGCAUUAGGACUUUAUUAUCCAA